UCCACCAUGGCCAGGCGUCCCCGGAGCAGCAGAGCGUGGCAUUUUGUUCUGAGUGCAGCCCGUCGAGAUGCAGAUGCCCGGGCCGUGGCUCUGGCAGGGACCGCUAGCUGGGACUGUGACUCUGAUGGGCAGCACAGUGACUCAGACUCCGACCCUGAGGCCACGGCCCCACCACCCGUCCCCAGCGCUGUGCCUGUGACCGGGGAGUCCUUCUGCGACUGCGACAGCCAGAGUGAGGCGCCCUUCUGUGGUGGCCUGCACGCCGUGCGCCGGGGCAGGGACUGCCGCUGCGGCGAGGAGGACGACCAUUUCGACUGGGUCUGGGAUGACCUGAAUAAGUCCUCAGCCACCCUGCUGAGCUGUGACAACCGUAAGGUGGACUUCCACACGGAGUAUAGCUGCGGCACUGCAGCCAUCCGGGGCACCAAGGAGCUGGGGGAGGGCCAGCACUUCUGGGAGAUCAAGAUGACCUCGCCCGUCUACGGCACCGACAUGAUGGUGGGCAUCGGGACGUCAGACGUGGACCUGGACAAAUACCACCACACGUUCUGCAGCCUGCUUGGCAGGGACGAAGACAGCUGGGGUCUCUCCUACACAGGCCUCCUCCACCACAAGGGCGACAAGACGAGCUUCUCCUCACGCUUCGGCCAGGGCUCCAUCAUCGGGGUGCAUCUGGACACCUGGCACGGGACGCUGACUUUCUUUAAGAACAGGAAGUGCAUAGGGGUGGCGGCCACCCGGCUGCACAACAGGAAGUUCUUCCCGAUGGUGUGCUCCACGGCGGCCAAGAGCAGCAUGAAGGUGAUCCGCUCAUGCGCCAGUGCCACCUCCUUGCAGUUCCUGUGUUGCUACCGCCUGCGCCAGCUGCGACCUGACUCAGGGGACACGCUGGAGGGCCUGCCCCUGCCACCCGGCCUGAAGCAGGUGCUACGCCACAAGCUGGGCUGGCUUCUCAGCACAAGCUGUGGCCGCCACCAGCCCCCCGCAUCCUCACCCAAGGCCCCCACACACCCUGCCAGCCCCGGGCCCCGGCGCUGCCCAAGGAAGCGCUGCCAAAGGACCUGACUGACCUGCUGGGGACCGCCGCCUCCUGGGGCUGGGCAGCAUCCCCUCCGGCCCUUCCUCCAGCAACACUCCGGGGCCACAGCAGAAGGAGGAGCUGGGCUGAGGGCCGUCCCGGCUGUCCCCCCGCGCCUGAGGCUGUCAGACCCUGUGGGUUAGGGGCCGCAGGCCAGCAUCCCGAGAGCAGGAUUGGUGCACCUGUGUGCCGCGGGUGCUGGGUGUGCGGACAGCUGCUGCCCCGGCUCCUGCGGACUCAGGCUGCGGGCCCGGGAGGCCGGGGCCUGCUGCCUGGAUGGUCUCCGUAGGGCCUGCCGUCCCUGCCCGCGGCCUCGCAUUUUUCUAACUUGCUUUGCAUGUUGUCUGCUGUUCUUGUCUGAGACUGAAACAGUGUAAUAAACUGAGUUUAUGUCCGA